AGUUAUCGACGGAGCACAGCGCUCAAGCCAUGUACUCAUCAAACCCUAACUCUAACCUAAACUACGCGUAUUUAGGUAACUUACUUUACGGUGUAAACUGCGAGGAGGAGACAAAAAACAUUGAGGGCAUGAAGAACUUAACUUUUUGGUUUGUUUUAUGCAAACAAAAAAUAAAUACAGAAGAAGUUACAUGUACUCUACUAUUUUAUCACGUUAGCCUAUAUGAGAAGAUCAUCCUUUCAAUACUUAUUGUGCAAGGUAUACUGCUCCUGUUACUCCUUCUAAGUUGGUUAUUUCAACAAGUAUCUGAUAGUAGUGAAAACGUUUUCAAAGCUGUGAGAACAUAGACACGUACAAGUCUGAUAUAUGAGGAUGUUUGCCCUGCAGGCUGGAACCAGAGUUCGUUAUGGCCGCUAUGUACCAAUAAACACCAAUAACGAAUGUAUAAUGUGGAAGAGCAUGGAGGGGAGUCGCCACUCAAACCAGCGCUAUUUUUUGCACAUUCACUGCGAAUUUUGCAAGACACCCAAGGCAUUUUUAGAAUCUGCAAUUAAAUUGCAAAUGUUUUAUGUUAUUCUUAGCUACUUUUAUGGAAAUGUACAGUAUUUUAAUCGUAUAAAUAGACUACCUCGCUUAUUCUAUACAGCAAAAAUCUAGAAAGAGCAUUAUAUUAGCACAAGUAUAGCAUAAAAAGUUUGCAAUUGAAUUGCGGAUUCUAAAAAUGCCUUGGAUCUUGCAAAAUUCGCAGUAAUUGUGCGAAAAUAGUGCUAGUUUGAGUGGCGGCGCUCCUCCAAGCUCUCCA